AUGAAGCUCUUUAUAGCCACCUUACUCUCCUUUUUGCUUUCUAUCAUCACUUUGGCAAGCGCUGUUGACAGACCAACAGCCUCAUUGCCUGCUGUUUCUGGCGGUAUUGUGUGUGCCAUGUCAUUAUGUCCAACUGCAACAUUAAGCAAGAGAGAUUUAACAUGCCCAGCUCAUUGUAAGGAUAACUGCAAGAUCAUUGAUGAUCAAUGCUGUCCUGGUGUUCAAAAGGCUGUUUGUAAUAAUAGCAGUGAUGCAAGCUCUGCUGUCGAGUCAUCUACAGCCGUAGCUACUCCAACUGCAGUCAGCAGCAGCAGCAGCAGCAGCAGCAGUAGCAGCAGCUCCAUUAUCAGCACAUCUUCCAGCGUCGCAUCGUCCUCUGCCCAACCAACACCAUCUUCUGCUGCUGGAAACACUGCAUCUAGCAGUGCUGUGGUAUCUUACAAGGUGGUCCUGUCAUCCUUUGUAUUGGUCUCUAUCAUCACUUUGAUUGUAAAUGCUUUGUAA